AUGCCUCUCCUUCGCACUUUGAAACCUCAUCAUUCCUACAGUUAUUUGCUCUUCUUUGAUGAUGGAUACACACAAUAUUCUCCACCCAAUGAAAUUUACCGGAUCUGUCAUCAGUCCAAGGAAAACUGGCGUGAGGCCACCGAAGGGUCACAGGAUUUCAUCAAGCGCUAUCUCGCUCAAUACCCUCAGCGUCCGAUGGUUCGUCUAAAACCAGGCCAAAUGAUCGAAACCGAACUGGAUGGUGACUGGAUCCAGGCCACUGUAGACAAAGUGGAUGCAAGUCUGGUGCUCAUUCGGUUUUCCGAAACACACAGCGAGUGGAUUUAUCGAGGAUCAACACGCUUGGAGCCUCUUUUCAAUGACCUGAAUUCAGCACCCGGUCAGGCAGCUCUUGGUCGGAGUCAGCGUUUGGAAGUAGAGUAUGGGAACGUGGAUGCAUCACUGACUGACAAGUCUUCGGCGUGCAAACUACGCAAAGCUCGAAAGUCCGCUACCGGGAACAGAGACUCCUCACUCGCAGAAAACAAUUCAACGGUUGUCAAAACAGCGUCUGAAAGGCGUGGGUCCAAUCUGCGGCGGACCGCAAGUGGACGUUUGGAAAUGGCUGACCUAGAAUGUGCAGGCACCAUUGUCCCCUAUUUGGAUGGUCUGAUAGAUCAGUUUGUGCGCAAAGAAUACGUUCCGCACAAAUGUACCCACUCCUGUCUGAUUGCACUCAAAAAGUCGUCCAUGUCUCCCGCCUCCGAGGACCCGUACUUUUACAAAGGCCUUAAUCCACUAGAAAUCCCAUUUCGCGCUGGUUGGCUGAGGUACUUGUUGGUCGGUCACCCCAAUGACUUUGGUCGACAGUUUAUCGUUUACAAUGCACCGUGCGGACGACAGCUACGUUCGAUGCAUGAGGUACAACGCUUCCUGGACCGAACCGAUAGCAAAUUGACUACAGAUCUGUUUUCAUUCGAUCCGAAUCUGUGUAUUAAUAGUGAAUUUCGAGCAGAAAAGACCUUCACUCACAUUGCGGAUAUCUCGUAUGGAAAAGAAAACGUUCCUGUACCGUGCGUGAACAGUAUCGACAACGAGGUCCCCGGCUACAUUGACUAUAUUCCCAGUCGACUACCAAUUGGUGACGUACCUUUAAUAGACGAUGACAGCUUUGUUGUCUGCUGCGAUUGUACGGACAAUUGUCGCGAUCGGACUAAGUGUGCAUGCCAGCAGCUCACUGCCGAAGCCAGUUCACUGACUAAUCCUACUGGAAUGGUCGACACUCAGGCCGGAUACCGUUACAGACGCCUGGCUCAAUUCACGGUGGGUGGGAUAUACGAAUGCAACUCGCGGUGUUUGUGUGAUCGUCGCUGCAGCAACCGUGUAGUGCAACAAGGUCUUUGGUUUCGCUUGCAAGUUUUUAAAACUAGCAGGAAGGGCUGGGGUAUUAGGGCCCUUCAUUCCAUCCCUAAAGGCACAUUUCUGUGUACUUAUGCCGGUGCUAUAUAUGACGAAACAAUGGCUGUUCAAGAAGGAUUCGACUACGGUGACGAGUACCAGGCUGAGUUGGACUAUAUAGAGACUGUGGAAAAAACAAAAGAAGGGUAUGAAUCGGCGCCAGAGGACCCGGAAGACGUGGAUCUAGCUUUACAGCAAGCCACAAGCCAGUUUGGUGAAGGAAAGCCGGAAAAGGACUCUGAGUAUGAUCGCCAGAACGACAGCGAUAGCUCUUUGUCUCAUAGCACGAAUACCGAGAUGGAUGACGAUCGUGGCAGCCGUUGCAGUGAUUUCAGUAGCACGUCAUCAAGUCGAAACGCUGUGGGUUCGGCUGAGCCGUUGACACUAAAAAGAAGCGGUCUCCGUAGCUCCGUUACAAGACCUAUUGUCGCAGAAGAAAGCAACCUACCUACAGACUCUGAACAACUUUCUACCGUGGAUAAAACGUUAAGACAUAUCCAAUCCUCAAUUCCUUCGGUCACAACCCUAGAUUCUCCAGAGAUUAGAAGAGCUGGUAGUGAUUCCGAGUCUCCUUGCCCUCCGACCGGUGAGCGUCUUCUCAGUGUAAAUUUUUCGGAUGAACCUAUGGAUAUUGCUGCGCCAGUACUCCCUUCCAUCAAUGACAGUGAGGGUCAAGUAGCCAACUGCUCCAGCGACGAUCGAGCUAUCCCCCCAGAGUAUGACUCAGACUCAGGUGAUAUUUCGUGUUGUACAAAUGUCAGUAUUACCCUGGAAAAUAUGGAGUUGACCUCUGACUCACACCUUUCCGGUAGCCGUCAAAGCCCUCCAACCUCGGCAACUGAUCUCCCGGCGACGUCAACUGAGGCUAAAGCUGUUCCGAAAGCCGCAUCAUCUGCAUCUUCAAACCCGCUUCCAAAUGAGGAUCCGCUCACACACCUCGAAGGCCAGCGAAUGGUACUUGCGCGAAAAACAAUCUGUCGUGGACAAGCCCUCAGACGGUCUCCUGCUGUCAGUGAGCUUGACCAGAAGGAGUGCGAUAUGAAAGAUGAGGAAUUUGAAAACAACAUGUACACUAGCGUAAAGUUGGAAGAAAUGUCCAACUCGGACUCGAAAGCGUUUUUGAGUAGCGCAGACAAGAAAGAGUCUGAUACUAAACGAACAUCUAUCGGUCGGCGUCCGGCAAGUACCAAGCAACUGAAAACUCCUCCGAAACUGUACGAAAAUGAAGUAAAACGACAUACACGCGCUCGCUUCCGAGCUCGCUCGAUCAGUCUACCGCUGCAGUACACUGCUCUGCAUAGUGUGCGUCGAAUUGUGGACAGGGUGGACUUUGGCCGCAUACCACAAAUCAAGCUGGCCCGCUUAUCACCCUUUAAGUCACCUGUACACAAGGCUGACGAAUGCAGAGUCACUGAAGAUACAAAAAUUAAGCAGAGGUCCGAGCGACUCAAUUCCAACUUGUCAAAAGCGAAAGAGCGUAAGCAGAUUAAGAUUCAGUUGGUACAGGAAUCCGACGUGGAUAUACCAACUGAACCCCUCUCCGAAGAUAAAGAAACGCGAUUCAAAAAUCCUCCGGAUCCUCGACCUCCACUGACGCUUCGACUCAGACGAUCAUGUUCUCACAAUUUGGAUUUCUAUUCAAUCGCCAGCGGUGGGCGAUCGCGUGCUUCCUCCGUGGAUCGAAACGGCUCUGACCGCUCCAGCAUGUCCACUGACACCUCCAACACCCUUGAUACCGGUGAGAAGCGAGUGCUCAGGCGACGACCAUCGCACGAAAAACUAUGUGAAGAAGCUCAAGCUGCUCCAGGGAAGACAACUUUUGGACCUCCCUCGGGCACAGAGCGCCAUCGUCAUCGCCAUCAACCACGUCCUCAACAGCCCCGUAAAUACUUCCCUGUCGCACAACCCGACUGGUUACCAGCACGAAUAUAUUUCAAAGACGAUAACCCUUACAUUAUGGAUGCGAAGAAGAUGGGGAAUUUAGGUCGCUACUUCAACCACUCCUGCAACCCGAAUGUGUUUGUCCAGAAUGUAUUUAUCGACAGUCAUGAUCCCCGGUUUCCAGAGGUGGCCUUCUUCACGAAAAGAAACAUUGCCGUUGGAGAAGAAAUGACUUGGGAUUAUGGCUACACCGUGGACGCUGUCCCAUUCAAAGUGCUCUACUGUUACUGUGGUGAACCGAAUUGUCGCAUACGUUUGCUUUAGCUGCGUGCGACUGACGAUUCCUGUACAGUUUUAUCAAGUCCCUAAUAAGUUCUACCCUCAGAUCCCCCCUGUGGCUCUCUAUCCACCAGCCUCUUAUUUUAAUCAUACUAACAAAAUAUUGCCCAUUAUGUCCCACU